UUCAGCUUGACAAAGACACGCUCACGCGCAGCUCAUCAGUCGCCUACUCGCUGUCCUGCUCGUCCUGCUGGCGGAAUAAGAGCUUUUGACUCCGGACCGUGAAGCGAGUGUUAGCCCACGCGAGCUGUUGUUGUUCUUGUUUUUGUUUUUUCCCACGUUGCAACGACUACAAAGUGCAUUAUUGAAGGCGACAAAACGCUCACGUUGCCAAUUAGGGGCUCAGGUGCGGUGGGGUUUCUUACGUUUUCGUCUCAGUGACGCUUUCUUAUCUCGGGAGGAGGAAGUCCUCAGGAACAAACUCGUUCAAAGUGCACUUUUUGUUGUUGUUGUUGUUGUUGCAAGGUUGCUUUGCCUACUUCAACCCGCUUGUGAUAAACAGUAGCUAGACCCCUUCCAUGGAGGCUCAGCCCAUCUCACCCGCUGACACGGAGCUUCCCGGCAUGCAGGUCGACCUUUAGUCGGCUCUUGUCCUGCCGCGUUUUUCUGCCGUCUACAAGAAAGACCCCAACCCCGUACUCGCUUCGCUCACCGUAUUGCACCGCUCCUGCAACGACCCCACCGACAACCAGCGGACCAUGGCCGGCUCUUCCCCCCGGUUGCUGUGGAGACGGAGCCUCUUCCUGGCAGUGUGCGUCUGCGCGCUCGGGGCGCGCGGAGCCGAAGAGGAGGACGCGGACGGCGGCGGCGGCGGCUUCAACUCGGAGUCUUGGCUGCGGAUGUACGGCUACCUUCCUCAGGCCAGCAGGCAGAUGUCCACCAUGCGCUCCACGCAGAUCCUGGCCAACGCCAUCAGCGACAUGCAGCGUUUCUACGGCCUGGAAGUCACCGGACACAUGGACCCGCAAACCAUCAGUGCCAUGAAGAGACCCCGCUGUGGCGUGCCUGACAAGUUUGGAGGCCAGAUCAAAACCAACGUGAGGCGGAAGCGCUACGCCCUCACCGGUCACAAAUGGAACAAGAACCAUCUCACGUACAGUAUCCAGAACUAUACCCCCAAGAUCGGCGAGUACAACUCCUUCGCGGCCAUCCGGCAGGCCUUCAAGGUGUGGGAGAGCGUCACCCCGCUGACAUUCGACGAAAUCCCCUACCAGGAGAUCAAGUACGGCCGGCGAAAGGAGCCCGACAUCAUGCUCUUCUUCGCGUCCGGGUACCAUGGCGACAGCUCCCCAUUUGACGGCGAGGGCGGCUUCCUGGCCCACGCUUACUUCCCCGGGCCCGGCAUGGGCGGCGACACGCACUUCGACUCGGACGAGCCCUGGACCAUCGGAAACCAGAACGUACAAGGCAACGACCUGUUCCUGGUCGCCAUUCACGAGCUGGGCCACGCGUUGGGCUUGGAGCACUCCAACAACCCGCUGGCCAUCAUGGCUCCUUUUUACCAGUGGAUGGAGACGGAAAACUUCCAGCUGCCCGACGACGACCGCAGAGGCAUUCAGCAGAUCUACGGUACACAAGACAACAAGCCCACUCAGGCCUUGCCGACCGUGACGGCGCGCCGCCCGGACCCCCGGCCGCCGCACAAUCCCCCUCCCCGCCAGCCGGACCGGCCCAGGACCACCGACAGACCGGACCACUACGGACCCGACAUCUGCGAAGGCAACUUUGAUACGGUGGCCAUGCUGCGUGGAGAGAUGUUUGUCUUUAAGGGCCGUUGGUUCUGGAGGGUGCGCAGAAACAGGGUGCUGGACAACUACCCCAUGCCCAUCGGACACUUUUGGCGAGGUCUGCCCGGAGACAUUGACGCCGCUUACGAAAGACACGACGGCCGGUUCGUCUUCUUCAAAGAAAACCGAUUCUGGCUCUUCCGGGAGGCCAACCUGGAGCAAGGCUACCCGCUGGAGCUGGGCCACUACGGCCACGACAUCCCCUACGACCGCAUCGACGCGGCCAUCUGGUGGGAGCCCUCGGGAUACACCUACCUCUUUCAGGGAGAUUGGUAUUGGCGUUUCAACGAACAGUCGCGCUCUGCCGACAGAGGCUACCCGAAGCCCAUCAGCGUGUGGGGGUCUUCCGUGCCCUCCACUCCCAAGGGGGCCUUCCUAAGUGACGAUGGAGCGUACACCUACUUCUACAAGGGCUCCAAAUACUGGAAGUUUGACAAUCACCGCAUGAAGAGCGAGCCGGGCUACCCCAAGUCCAUCCUGCGCGACUUCAUGGGCUGCAAUGUGGACCUGGACCCCCCGGACACGGACGGUGACGAUAAAUACCCGAAGGUCAACCAGCCUCCGUUUAAUCCGGACGCCGGGCGCGACGACGAUGACGACGACAAUGACAAAGUUGACAACAAGGACGACGAGGACCAAGGCGGCGACCGGACGGACGGCGAUAAAGAUGCCGACGAGGACGAGCGCGAGACCCGCGAGGAGGACACCAACGAAGUGGAUGUGGUUCUGAAGGUGGACGACAGCCAGGAGCGGACCAUGAACAUCCUGAUGGUGAGCAUCCCCCUGGUUCUGGUGCUGUGCAUCCUGGGCCUGAUCUACGCCAUCAUCAACACGCUUCAGAGCAAGGGGGCACCGAGGCUUCUGGUGCACUGCAAGCGCUCGCUGCAAGACUGGGUUUGAACUCGCAACUCUUAGAUGGGGGACGCUGAGCCCUGGACAGACGCUCGGCGUAGCCUCCCGCAAUUCAUUGAAACAGGCAGUCACAGAUCCAUGCGCUUGCUGUGCUGACUAGGGAUGGACAUGACAAUCGAUUGAUGGAUCGUGAGGGACGGGUUGUCGAUUCAUCGCGAUUCAAGUGUCAAACUCAGUUUCCUGGGCAACAUCGUCAUUCUGGUUUCCCUCAGAGGGCCUUUAAGACUGAAAAACGUCUACUAUACUGACUUAAUAUCAAUGAAUAUUCACAGCCCAAUUUAGCAAGAAACUUGAAGUGGAGACUUUUUUUUUUUUACUUUAGCAGGCCACAUAGGUGGCUGAGUGUGACACCUUCAUUCUAUUCACUAAUCAAUCCAUCAAGGAAAACUAGUUCAGUGCCCCCCACCCCCUGCCCCCAACGGUGCAUCGACUGUAGUCUAUUUAUACGAGACAAGUUUGCACAUUGUUUGUGUUCAUUGGUUUUGAUGUUGUUGUUUUUUUGUGAUUAUUGACUGAGUGAUUUUGAAACCAGGACGCCCCACCCUUCUUCUUACCUCUCACCACGGUACACUCAGUUUACAUUCAGAGGCAGCCUGACAACCCCUUUGCUUUAAAAAAAAAAAAAAAAA